UAUAUAUUGUUGUGUAUUGAGUCAAACCCCACGUCACAACACAUAUAGCUUAGGGGACAAAACAAUACAACGAGGAAGAAGCGGGUUAGGGAUGCUUUGAGACACUUUUUUUUGGGGGAGGGGGUGUCCAGUGAAUCACCCCCUCUCCUCCCCUCCCCUCUUUUUCUCUCUUCCCUCCCCCCUCAGCUGCAAAAAUAGAGCACGUCCCCUUUAAAUUUACCCAGGAGCCCUUAAAGGAGCCCCAGGGGCCCCGGGGGGAAAGGCAUCCCCACCCUGCUAACCGGAGCCUGCCUGGCUCUGCUUCUUCUUCUUUUUCGGCCGUGGAAACGGAGCCUUGAUGCAAGUCGAUUAAAAGCGGUGGGGGGGGAGAAAAAUUGCCAUUUAUCCAUAUAUAUUUUUAUUUUAAGAAAUCGGGGUUGGGGGGAAGGAGGGAAUAUUGCAACGGAUCCGAGAGAAUCCACAGCGAAGCCGGGAAGGUUAUUUGUGUGCAUCGAGGUGGGGGGUGGAGAUGAAUCCCUAGGCAGGGAGGGAGGGAGCCAAGCAUGGAGGAGCCCCCCAGCCUUUGCAUCAAGCUCGAGCCCCGGGAUCCAGAAGAGUCGCUGUUCCCAGAAGAGGCGGCUGAUUCGCAAAGCAGCGGCGAGCUGCGCUCCGGACACGCCCUGCGGCCCUCUGGGAAUGGCCUCGUGCGAGGGACCGCCGUCAAGGACCCCUCUGCCCUCCUCUCCGGAGGGCGCAAGUACUCGGAUCACUGUGAGGAGCGGGCGUCGAGACCCGGCAAGAGCCGCAUCCCCGGGCGCGACCACCGGCGCUACUACCAUGAACACUGGAGGGCAGAGUACCUGAUGGACUUCAACGCCGCCCGGCAUGGCAUGAUUUGCAUGGUCUGCGGCAGCUCCCUGGCCACCCUCAAGCUCAGCACCAUCAAAAGGCACAUCCGCCAGAAGCACCCCUACUCCCUGGCCUGGAGCGCCCACGAGAAGGAGGUCAUCAUGAACAGCUGGGACGCCCACCUGGGCCUCGAGGCAGAGAGCGACGGAGCCAGAGAGCACCCCAACGCGCCCGAGGCUCAGGAGGGGGGCCACGGUGGAGAAUUUCCGCUGAGUAGCAGCCGCAGGAGGCGCCGUGGCCCAGGACCCCUCUCCUCUCGUGGGGGGCGACGGCCGUCCGGCCUGGCCUUGAAAGCCUCUCCGGGAGGGGAAGAGCAGAACUUGGAGCGCUACCUGAAAGAGUCCCUGCAGAGCUGGUUCCAGUCUGAGUUUCUGAUGGACUACGACCCUCAGGGCAACCGCCUCUUUUGCAUGAUGUGCGGCUCCUCGCUGCCCAGCCUCAACUUGGACGACAUCAAGAGGCACGUCAUGGACGCCCAUCCCAGCUCGCUUGGCUUCAGCCCCGCCGAGAAGGCCAGCAUCCUGGAGACUUGGAACGCCCGGGCCGUGGUGCCGCCAGCCGAGGGCACAGGAGAGGCACCAGUGGAGUCUGAGCUGUCCCCUCAGGACCUGACCAAGAAGGAGGUGGACCCCCCCACGUCUCCAGACCAGCCUGCUGGCGAGGACGGCUCUGAGGAGGCCGGUGCUUGGGACUCGGAAGAGAGCGGCCUUCCCGCCCCGGCCCGGGGGAGGGACCACCGCCGCUACUUCCAGGAGCACUGGCGGGUGGAGUACUUGAUGGACUACAACGGGUCGCGCCACGGCCUGGUGUGCAUGGUGUGCGGGAGCUCCUUGGCCACGCUCAAGAUGAGCACCAUCAAGAGGCACAUUCAGCAGAAGCACCCGGACUCCACCCAGCUGAGCCACCAUGUCAAGGCCCUCAUCGUGGAGGAGUGGAACCAGAAGGUGGCCCGCCUGGCGGACGCAGAAGACUCCUUGCCCGAAACAGACGGCGAGGCAGACAAAGUGGAAUCUCAGCAGGCUUGCAACCCUCCUUUGUCCCCUGAGGAAUCUCAAGAGGGCGGGACAAUGCCUGCAGGAGAGGAAGAAGAUGAGGAAGAGGCCCCCGCAGCAGGAAGACUAGCUCCCUCUCAGCAAUCCUCGGAGGCUGCGUCUUCGCUGGCCGGUGCCCCGUCCCGGCGGGGUCAGCGCCGGAACUACCAGCCGCGCUGGCGGGUAGAGUACCUGAUGGAUUACGACGAGCAGCGGCACGGGCUGGUGUGUAUGGUGUGCGGGGGCACAUUGGCGACCCUUAAAGUCAGCACCAUCAAGCGGCACAUCCUUCAGGUCCACCGGUUCUCCCUGGAGUUCACGGCGCUGGAGAAACAGACCAUCCUCGAUGCUUACGCCGAAAACGGGCCGGCUCAGAAUCCCAGGCACCUAGGCACAAAGACCUCCCCCAGCCCGGACUCUGAGCCUGCCGACGUCAAGCCAAGUGUUCAAGGCACAGGGAAAAUGGGGUUUGGUUACAAUUUGCCGGUAUGUACGGUGUAGCCUGCGGACGUGGACUGCCCUCGUGGUGGCAGGGUGGACUCCGCUGACCGACGAACUCAACUUGUUUGUUUUCCUCCCCACCCCUUCCUCCUACGGAUGGCGGAAUUCCCUUUUGGAAUUCUCAGGUUUCGGAAUUCUGCGACUGGAAUCGGAUAGUGCAGAAUUCUGCGACUGGAAGCGAAUAAUGCAGACGCCGGGGAAGUCUUGUUUUGCCUUGUCUUUGUUUCUCUCUGCACAGCAUCCGUUUUGAUUUGCAUGUUCUGUUCUAGUGACAAAAGGUUUCUUAAAGGUGUUUUCACCCCCCCUUCCCCCAAAGCCCCUUUUCUCUGCACCUGGAUUUGUUGUGCUCCCAACUAUUUUGGUAAGGUUUCGGAAAGGUAGGUGGGGUGGCGGGGGGGGGGGAAGCUUCGGUAUUUUCUGAAGUGAGGAAGGUCUGUAAGAGCACUCUUGUGGGGGGCAAGUUCACUUAAUCGAGCCCCGAGGCCUGGAGGUUUCUGUGGGAAGCAAAGUUGCUGCUACUGUAAGGUGGGGCACCUAUUUUUUCAGCCUGAGGGCCACCUUCCCUUCUAGGGGUGUUUGGCAGCGGUGGGCGGAGCCAGAGCCAAAAAAUGGGAGGAGCUACACAGGUAAAUGCUUCCUGAGGUUCUCUCACCCUGCUCCAAGGCAUCAAGGGUCAGGUGGUUUAAUAGCUAGGCCUCCCGUUCUGGUCUGGGAGGCUGUUUGGGCCAGGCCUCAGCUGAGCCACAUCCAGCUGCCCUACGUGCGAAAUAGAUGACAUGAGACGUGGUGGAGGUAAAGAUGUCAUUCGGCCAGAGGAGGGUUUGCAGUUGCCAGAACUCUGCUGUGCCCUGGUUUUUUUUGCAAGCCGCCAACCCCAAGCAGGUAAUCAUUGGCACUUUGUGGCCUGUUCCUUUACCCACAGUCACCUGACACCAUUGCGACACCAAGCGGUUGACGGGUAGCUGCCCACUGUGACCUGCCCGCAGGUAGGUGGGUGGCAAGAUCCAGUUCCUCCCUUGCAAGCUGUGCCACGAAGAAUUCCCAUGUCCUCCACAAGUGCCUAGGCCCCGAGUUAUGGCUGUGCAUCAUAUAGCCGAAGGGUGACCAAAUUACGGCCCUUGCCCCCAUCUCAUCCCUAGAAUAUUGCAGAAGUCCUUGUAAGAGGCCUUCCUGCUUGAUGCAGCAUAGGCCGUGCUUAAUAUACCAUGUUAAAAUAUCUGAAACAAGGAGUUGGGCUUGUUGUGAGCAUUUCCCUUGCGAUUGCACUUAAGAUGGCCAUUUUGGACUCUCAGAUGAAUUGAGCAACUCAGCACUUCCUGGAUUGUACUAUGCCAGGCUCUGGGGCGGGGGUGGGAACCCUGCUACAUAGGAAAAUGCUAGGUUGAAUCUGUCAUGUGCUAACUUUCUACAUGCAGGUAGGUCUCCCCCCGAUUCUACCUACAAUGGAACAGUCCAGAAAAGUCACCUUGAGGAGCUGCUGACAGCGUCCCUAUAUCCUGAUUUGCGUUCUGUCAUUGGGUUUUAAUUUUGACCCAUGUCUUUCCAAGUCCCUAGCCCUAAAAGCUCUUACUCUGGUGUAAGUGAAUUAGGAGGACGUGGACUACUUUAUUUGCUGUUGGUCUUCCUCGUAAAAAGAUGUGAAUUGACAUAGGACACUUACCUUUUUGCUCCCAGUGAACAGGUGCUGAGCAAGUUUCAGUAGCCAAGGACCCAAGUUCAACCCCCAGCACCUGCAGGUAGGGCUGGGAGAGAACCCAGAACCCUGGAGAGCUGCUGCCAAUCAGUGUAGACAGCACUGAGCUAGAUGGACCCAAAGGUCUGACUCUGUAUAAGGCAGCUUCCUGUGAUCAAGGCGUAUUUCCUCCUUUCCAGAUGCAAUCCCACUUCAAAACAAACAGCUACAUCUGUAGGACUCAGGAGGACGAUGUAUGCUUCACCCAAAUUUAUCUGUCUAAAAAGCUUAGAAUUAUGCAAGAUGUGUGGUGUUUGCCAUGCUUGCCCUACUCAGAAGAGACCCAUUGAAGUUUACAGACAUAACUAACUUUAUUAAUUUUGGUGGGUCUGCUCUGUGUAAGGACAAUACUUGGGUUUUCCCAAAAUGGAUUUUAUUUUUAUUUUAAAAAAAAGAACAACAGCGCUAUUCGUAGCAGAACUGCCA